AUGAUUUAUAAGAAGGCUGCCUCGAUACGAAUACCGUUGUGGAUAGCGUCGAAGAGAUUUACUAGUGUGGUUGCAACAUCUUCAACUUCAUCGAAUGUAACUCCAUCUCACUCAUCAUUCCAAUAUGGCCCGAGACAAGAUAGUAUACUAGAUUCAACUCCAUUUGAAAUAUUCAAUGAAUUAGAAGAUAAGAAGCCUUGGACUAGAGGGAGUCAUCUAAAAAGUAGUAUCCUAAUCAACAAUUUCAUCCAAUCCGUGUUUAAUAAUGAUUUCAGUAGAUCAAGUUCACUCCUAAAUAAAUUAUCCCAGAGAAUGGAUCAAUAUAAUAAUAUCCAUAUGGAUAAUUAUUACUCAUGUAUGAUGUUAUUGCUAUCUAAUGCUUUAUCCAAUCAUAAAUCUAUAUCAAUCCAUAAUAUAAAGACUCUUAUAGGUAAUUUGGAAGAAGCAAGAGCGAAGAUAUCCGAUCGAAACGAUAUUUCUGAGUCAGUAAUAGACUUGGAUUUACAAGUUAAAAAUAGUCUAAUUAUAGCAUUGUUAUAUGCCUUUUCAAAUGAGAAAUCGAUUCAUCAACCUAUGAGAAGAGCCAUAGCGACAUACAUCAAGAAGAAUAUUAAUAGUUUUAAAAUAUCAUAUAAAGAUAUUUGUGGACUUUUAAAUAAUAAGGUUUUAGUGGAUGCUUUUAUUGAAGUUUCAAGACUUACUGGAAUCAAGAUGGAUUCUACUUUAUCCUCAUUAGUACGACAGUUUGAAGGUAAAGAAAUUGAUAACAUUAAACAAACAGUUUCUAUAAAUGAUUAUAAAGACCAUAAUGGGUUUAUAAGUUUUCAUAGAUUGUGUCUAUAUCUACAAGAUAGUAGAUUUACCCAGUAUGAUCAAAAGAAUGGAGCUAAGUUGAAAAUGUAUGAAAUUUAUGAUGACUUGAAACAACAUGAUCCUAAAAAGGCGGACUCAUUCUUUAAUGAAUAUUCUCAUUUUAACGAGAUUAGACAAAUUAAUGUUGAAUCUAACUCUCUUGAUUUAGUAGAAGAUUUAGAUUCCACCAUAGUUACAGAAGAAAGCACAAGAGAAACCGAUUCUCCUAAGAAAUUAAGUUUCAGAGAAGCAAAUGCACUUGAUUUCAGAAAUGCCAAUGCUGCUCUUUUAAAUGACUGGUUAGAUAAUAGUGUCGAACUUUUAUAUGAAAUUACAAAGAAACUAAACAGAUAUGAUCAAGAAGGAGUUCGUGGAGGAUCAAUACUAACAGAAGAUGAAAAAGUAUUAUUAAGAUCAGUCAGUUUUCUUAAUAUUCUUCCAAAGAAGUCGUUGGUAUUGUUGGUUAUUUCAAGUUUAUUAUCUCAGACUAUGUCAGCUGAAACAGGAUAUGUUAAAGUACUGGCCCUUACCCAGACUCUAUCCUAUUCAUUCAAAAGACUUUUGUACAAAGAAAAAUCACUUGAAUCAAUAAAGAAACCAUUACUUCACUUUUUUGAUGAAGAGAAUCAUGGAAUUCGAUUAUUCUCCAUCUUAUUAAGAAUGAUCCUUAAAACUUGUAAGAUAGAUUUACCCGCUGCUAAAUUCAAUGAAUUAAAAGAAUCUUGUGAUUUAUUAGGAGUUAGAAUCAAACCUGAAUUUUAUCCUGAUGAAGAUGAAAAAGCUCAAGCCUUUUACCAUCGUCUUAUUCAAGUAAAUAAUGAUAGAAGAUUGGGUGUCAUUGAAAUUCAUCCAUUCUUAUACGAUCAAUUGAAACAAUAUACUUUCAUUACUCAUAAUAGAUCAUUUUAUUUCCCUAUGAUACAUCCACCUAAACCAUGGACUUCUCCCACUGAAGGUGGAUACUUACUAAACAGUAAACCAAUAGUCACUACCAGAGAUAUCAAUACCAAUAUUGCCUAUUUGAACCGAGCCCAUAAAACCAACCAGUUGGAUUCGAUAUAUGAAGGUCUUAAUUUUUUAAGUCAAACUACUUGGGCCAUAAACCCUGAUGUAUUGGAAGCGUUCAAACGAGUCAUGACCUAUGACAAAGGAUUCCUUAAAAUUCCUGUCCCUGUGGAGUUCAUGAAUAAAGAUAGUGAGAAUUUUCAUGAGAAGAAAACUAGAAGGCUUGAAUAUGAAAUGUUAUUGGAACUUGCUGAAACUUUUUCUGAAAAUGGUGAAAUGAUAUACUCACCUCAUAACGUUGAUUUCAGAGGUCGAGCCUAUCCAAUGUCAUCAGCCAUGAAUCAUUAUCAAGAAGAUCUGGUCCGCGGGUUAUUAAUGUUUUGGAAAAGUGAGCCAUUAGGUAAAGAUGGUUAUAAAUGGUUGAAAUCUCAAUUGGCCAGUACCUUUGGAUUUGAUAAGUUAUCCAUGAAAUCAAGAGUUAAAUUUGUGGAUGAUGAUAUGCAAAGGUUUCUCCAGAUAGGGAAGAAUCCAUUUGAAAGUGAUAGAAGUUGGAUGGAAGCUGAUAAGCCAUUUCAAGCUCUUGCAUUAUGUAUUGAAUUAUACAAGAUUGAUGAAUUUAUGAAAUCUGGUGGGAAUGUGGAAGAAUACCGCAGUCGAAUUCCAGUUCAACAAGAUGGAUCCUGUAAUGGGUUGCAACAUUAUGCCGCUUUAGGAGCUGACAAAGAAGGUGGCGAAGCUGUUAAUUUGGUCCCCCAAUCAAAUAUCGAAGAUAGAGGUGAUAUAUAUGUCACAGUUCGAGAUAUAGUUGAAUCACAUAUUCGUGAAGACGGUAUAUCGGGAAAGGUUUCACCAGAAUUUGCCGAAGCAGCUAUUCAUGUCCUUACUAGAAAAUUAGUUAAACGUACAGUAAUGACAACUGUUUAUGGUGUUACUGAAUAUGGAGCCACUUCACAAAUUGAACAAGUUCUCAGAGAAACUAUUGACAAGUACGAUUUAAAAGAUGAGGACAAUCCUGUUCCUUAUAAUAAACAUGUUGAAAUAAUCAGAGUUCAGAAAUUUAAGAUGGCUCGUUAUAUUGCAAAAAUCAUUCUUAAUUCAAUAUCAAGUUUAUUUGUCCAAGCUCAAGUUCUUCAAGAGUGGUUAACUAUAAAUACUAUCAGAGUUAUAAAUUCCUUCGAUCUUCAAACAGUUCAAUAUUCCAUGUCUAAGAGAGGUCGUGGUAAUGAAGUCUUUUCAUUAAAUCAUACUUAUAAACCUAUGAUGUGGACUACAUUAUCAGGAUUCCCUGUGGUUCAAUUAUAUAAACAGACAAAGGUAACCCAAAUUCCCACUUCAUUACAAAGAAUAGCUAUAUCGAGACCAGAAUCAAUCGCUCCGAUUAACAAGACUAAACAAGUCAAUGGAGUUGCACCUAAUUUCAUUCAUUCCUUAGAUGCUAUUCAUAUGCUUAUGACUUGUAAAGCAGCUGAAAGUGCCGAUAUGACAUUUGUUGCAGUCCAUGAUUCAUAUUGGACUUAUGCCUCCCGAGCUACUGAGUUGGCGACUUUAUUAAGACAAGAGUUUGUCAGAUUGCACACAUCGGAUAUUAUUGAACAUUUAAGAGAAGAUUUGAUAUAUUCAACGAGACAUUCAUAUCAAUUAGCGUGGAUAGAUAAUCAAAGCUAUCCUGAAUUAGUGGAUCAGAUCAAGAGUUUAAGAGAAACUUAUGAAUUAUCAAGUUAUGUUGAGAAAUGGAAGAAGAAUGAUAAGAUAUUAUAUCAUGAGUUACAACUGAUAACCAAGGGCGAAGAUGAUAAUCCAAUGUCGUUGGUUAAACAAUAUGAUCCCAAACUUUAUUAUCAAAAAUCACCAGCAAAAGCAAUUUUCACGGAAUAUGGAUUUUCAUUAGAUGAUAAUCAAAUCCUUCAAAAAUCAAAAUUAACUUUCACCCCUGUAUUAGUACCUGUUCGAAUUUUAGAUUGUCCUAAAAAGGGGGAACUAGACGUUUCCGAAGUAUUGAAAAGUCCUUAUUUCUUUUCAUAA